UCUCCUGUUUGCCGCCAGACCAACAGCGUUUUCCCGCCAGCUCUACCCUUCGCGCCGCGGAUGGAUUCAUGAUGGUUUUAACUACAGAGCAAAUAAACCUGACUGGACAAGUAUUUGAAUCAUAUAUUCUGGAAUAUCACCAAAAUGAUGUCUUGCAGAUUUUAAGAGAAAAAGACGAUAAUGCCCAUUACCCAGUUAUUGUUGAUGCAUUGACACUUUUUGAGACCAACAUGGAAAUUGGUGAAUAUUUUAAUGCCUUCCCUAAUGAAGUCCUUCCUAUUUUUGAUAAUGCAUUGCGUAGAGCAGCUGUGACAGUAUGUCAGUCGGCUUCCCAAGCUCAGGAAUUCAUCAUUAAACAGAAUCUACAUGCCAGAAUAUCAGGUUUACCUGUGUGCCCAGAGCUAACUAGAGAACGUAUCCCAAAGACUAGAGAUGUAGGGCAUUUCCUGUCAGUCACUGGCACUGUUAUUCGCACCAGCCUAGUGAAAGUCCUGGAAUUUGAGCGGGAUUACAUAUGCAACAAAUGCAAGCAUGUUUUUGUGGUCAAGGCUGACUUUGAACAAUACAAUGCUUUCUGCCGCCCAUCAACCUGUCCUGGGAAAGAAGGCUGCUCCUCCUCAAAGUUCACUUGUCUCUCUGGAACAUCCUGUGCUCCCAGCAGUUGCAAAGACUAUCAAGAAAUCAAGAUUCAGGAGCAGGUUCAAAGGCUUUCUGUUGGAAAUAUUCCCCGUUCUAUGAUGGUGGUCCUUGAAGAUGAUUUAGUUGACAGUUGCAAAUCUGGUGAUGACAUUACAGUUUAUGGAGUAGUGAUGCAGAGAUGGAAGCCUUUUCACCAGGAUUCACGCUGUGAUGUAGAGAUUGUUUUGAAGGCCAAUUACGUUCAGGUCAACAAUGAACAAAUUAUGGGCAUCACAAUUGAUGAAGAUGUUCGUAAAGAAUUUGAAGAUUUUUGGGAAAGACAUAGGAAUGAUCCUUUAGCAGGGAGGAAUGAAAUUUUAGCAAGCUUGUGUCCUCAGAUUUUUGGAUUAUAUCUUGUGAAGUUGGCUGUAGCUAUGGUGCUCGCGGGAGGGGUGCAGAGAACAGAUAAUACCGGCACUCGAGUUAGAGGUGAAUCACAUCUUUUACUGGUUGGAGACCCUGGUACUGGAAAAUCUCAAUUUCUGAAAUAUGCAGCAAAGAUUACUCCACGAUCUGUACUUACAGCAGGAAUUGGAUCUACAAGUGCAGGUUUGACUGUGACUGCUGUGAAAGACUCUGGAGAAUGGAAUUUGGAGGCUGGUGCACUGGUCCUGGCUGAUGGAGGUCUCUGCUGCAUAGAUGAGUUUAACAGCAUCAAGGAACAUGACAGAACAAGCAUCCAUGAAGCCAUGGAGCAGCAAACCAUCAGUGUGGCCAAGGCUGGCUUAGUGUGCAAACUGAAUACAAGGACCACAAUUUUGGCAGCAACCAAUCCAAAGGGCCAAUAUGACACUAAUGAAUCUGUCUCAGUCAACAUAGCCCUUGGAAGCCCUCUUCUUAGCAGGUUUGAUCUUGUCUUGGUAUUGUUGGAUACAAAAAAUGAAGAAUGGGAUCACAUCAUUUCCUCCUUCAUACUGGAAAAUAAAGGUAACAUGGUGAUUAUUUGUAUUACAUUCUAUGGAAUUAUCUGAAUCUAACUGCUUGUCACUGAU